CCACAACGCCGACAAUGAGAGCAGCAGCAGGGCUCCCCCUGCUGGGCCUGCGCGCCGCGCUGCGCCAGCACCCCGCUGGGCCGAGCACGCUCCGCUCCCGUGCUCCCGUGCCACACUCGCCUCUGGUCAACGCUCUCCGCAUCCCCCGGUACACUCCCUCCCGCUCAAUACACUCGUCGCCGCUCUCGGCGGCGCGCCAGGCAAUCGGCAAGAUCACGCCCAAGCGCAUUGCGAUCCCGCUCGGCGAGGGGACGUCUGGGCGCGAGGGCAUGCCCAAGGCCAGCGUGUGGCGGCCUAUUGUGUUCUGUAUCGGCCUCGGCGGCGUAGCGUACGCCUAUGCGUCGCUGUACACCAACGCCGACACGGCGCAGUGGAUGCAGGCGCUUGGCUCGGGCAGCGUGUGGCGCAUGGGACGCGAGCCGACCGACCGCGACCUCGCGCGCGCAAAGCAGAUGCAGCGCGUCAAGGUCGCCCGCGAGCACCUGUCCACGCUGAGCGGACGCCUCGGCUGGCUGCCCUCCUGGGCCGAGGAGUUCAUCGUGCGCUCGUACGUCAUGUUCUCUGAAUGGCGCAUCGAGAGCCCGCCCGCCGAGGUCGUCCCCAUGGCCAUCGUCGCGGGCAUGGGCGUCAUCUUCCUCAUGUGGCAGAGCCCCCGCCUCCAGCCCUUCAUGCGCAAGUGGUUCCUCCACCGUCCGGUCUUGCUUGGUGCGCGCCCGAAGAAGGAGUGGGCCAACUGCGUGACGCUUAUCACGUCGGUGGUGUCGCACCAGGGCCUCGCCCACUACGCGUUCAACUCGAUCGCGCUCAUCUCGUUCGGCUCAGCAGCGUACACGUACCUCGCGACGCCUGACCCCGCGCUCCCGCACCUCGCGACCUCGACGCACACGCCGCACUUCCUUGCGUUCCUCCUCGCCGCGGGCCUGUUCUCAAGCCUCGGCUCGCACCUGUUCACAAACCUCGUGCGCCUGCCCCGUCUCCUGCGCGCACUGCAGUCGCCCGCGCGGCUGAGCUCGGCGCAGGCGCUUGCCGCGCACCAGGCCAUCCUGCCCUCCCUCGGCGCCAGUGGCGCCGUGUAUGGCGCGCUGACGAUGACGGCCCUCGCGUUCCCCGACUCAAGGGUCAGCAUCAUCUUCCUCCCCUGGUUCAGCUUGCCUAUCGGCCUCGGCGUCUUCGGCAUGGUUGCCGUCGAUAUCGUCGGUCUCAUCCGCGGCUGGAGAUCGUUUGACCACAUCGCCCACUUGUCAGGCGCGGCCUUCGGCCUCAUCUACUACCACUACGGCAAGCCGGCGUGGACGUGGCUCCGCAUCAAGAUGGGCGCGCAGCCCACCAGCAGCACGGGAUACUUUUAGAGGAGGCCGCGGCGUGGCGUAUCUGAGAAAGCACGGAGACUAGCAGCAUAUCGUUUCAUACAGUACACUAAGCAUCAAGGAUGAACCUCCUCCCCAGCUCCACGUCCUACACUCGCCGGUUCUCGAGCGCGCGCAACUCGAUGCGCUUGAGCAUCUGCUUGAGCAGCUUGCCGUUCUUCUGGCAGUUGUCCUCAAGCCACGUCUCAAACUCUUGCCUGAUGGCGCCGAGCUCGUUGGUGAUGGGCAGCUCGCCGUCCGCUCGCAGAGUGCGCGGGUUGAGCAACGUGUCGAACAGCUUGGACCACAGCUCCGUCUGCCAGUACUGCGGCGUCAGUUUCAGUCGCCCUAGCCCUCUCACUCACCCUCUUCAACGGCGCGUCGAUCUUGUACCGCCGUCCCUCGUCCGUCUCGAUCGCCUCAGUGGCAAUGUACUUGCCAAAGAGGAGGCAGUAGCAGAUGCUCGCCAGGCCAAAGUAGUCCGCCUCAAAGCUCCACGGACGUCCCUCGCGCAUUUCGACGCAGUCGCGCUCGUCGGUCGGCCAGUCGGCAACAAAGGUCUGUUGCCUGCCGGCGGGGAAGAGCGACAGGUCGGCGGCACGCCCAAAGUCGAUGAGACGCACGCCCUUGUAGCUCCAUCCGUUACCUCCGCGGCGGUCGUACUGCGCAGACCACGCAUUCUUGCCACCUGCAGCAGACGGGAUCUCUUCGAGGCGGACGAGACAGUUGUCGAUCUUGAGGUCGCCAUGGAUGAUAUCAGCAGCGUGCAGCCCCUCGACGAGCCGCAGGAGCUCAAUGGUGAAGAAGAUGGCCACGAGCUCGUCUGGGACCGAAGGGCCCCCAGCGACGCCAGGAGCGAUGCCCCACACGACGGCCUUGUUGACGACGUCCAGGAGGGUGCCCUGCGGUGAGAAGUCGAGGACAAGGAACGACUCGUCAGAGUAGACGUGCAGGCCACGGGGGCGAAUGAUGGACGCGGCGAGCGACGGCUCGACGCGGGACAGAAUGCGAGAGAGGACCACUCCCUCCCAGAGAGAGCUGGGGUGUUCGACCUUGAUGGCGACGAGAGCCGCCGAGUCAUCCUCGUCCUCAUCUUCGUCGUCACUCGUCUCGUCUGCACGCGCGAUCGCAGCGUCGCGCUCCUGCGCGUCGACUGCUAAAAAGACGGCUCCAAAGCCACCCUCGCCAAGCUUCUCGCGAACCUCGAACGUCUUGGGCCCAAGAGAGAGGUUGUACGAGUCAUCUGACGGAGCCACAGAGACACGCGACGUGGUGCUUGAUCGGCGAGCCUUGGCCUUGCCUGCCCUUUGGAGGGCAGGAAGACGGGCAGAGACAGAGUGGCGCUGGUCGACAACAAGAGUCAUCGAGUUUACUGGCGGUUGGACGCGCUGGAGAAGCGCCUGCACAACGCUCGCGUCGGCCGGGUUGCAAGGGUUUGCGAGCUCGGCCAAAGGCUGCGAUGUUGCCUCGCCUGCCUGAGGAGCUGUCACGAAGUCGUCCGUCGUCGAGGUGUGGUCGACGAUGUGAAUCGUGUUCAUCAUGCUUGUCGUCGUGUCCAUAUCGCGCGCGAUGGUGUAGCCUUCUGGAACGCCGAAUGCUCCAGUGUCCACCGAUCCUGAGCGGUCGUAUGUCCCAGUAGCAGCAGUGCUGGCCGAUUGAGGAGGCUCAGUCGAGUCGUCCGCGAAAGCAACGUCGGCGGAUUGCUUGUUCGAGGCGGCCGACCGCUCCUCCUCCUCGGCGACAGAGCUGAGGUUUAAGGGCCGAGACUCAAUGGCAGCCUCAUCCGCCUCGUCAAAGUCGCUCAGAACAGAGGCUGGGCGCGAGCUUCGGAACGUCGUGUUGGUCGUCCACUCGCCGGUGCGCUCUGUGAUGGGAGUCAUCUCGUGGAUCUGGAACCGGCGCAUGCGACGUCCAUACGACGAUGGGUCCUCGUUGUUGAGCUGGUCGUCGGAUUCGUAGUACUCGUAGCGCUCCUCUUCCUCCUCUUCUUCCUCGGCAAUGCCUUCUGGCACCGCCCGAGCCUGGGAUGGGUUUCCAGUGACGGCAGGCGUCGCGAAAAUGUUGAGUGCGGGGGGAGGACGAGCGGGUGUGGCUUGCACAUAGUCGUUCUCGUCGUUGACUGGUGCAGGCGCUGCAGCAACAGGCUCCUCCUCGGCCGGCGCGUCGCUGAAGACAGCAAACGCGCGAGGCUUCGACGAGCUCGACAAUGGGGCCUUGGCCCCAAGUGGUGCUCGUGCCGGCGUGUCAGAGAAGAUGUUCAUCUUCCUGGCAGAGGGCGGAACUGCAUUCUCGUCGUUCACGACAGGUGCCGACGCAUUCUCAUCGCUGAAGAUGUUGAGUUUGCGCAAGGAGGUAGGGGCAGGGGUGUUUUCGUCGGACACCAUGCCAGGGGUUGCAAGUUGGCGGUGUGAUGGGUGGCUGUAGUUGUUGUGGUUGUAGCCAGGUGCUGGCGUUGGCGUGGGAGGGACGACACCGCCAGGAGUCAUCAUAGAUACUUGUUGACGGGCGGGUGGCAAUGGUGUGGGCAGGGCGUUGACCUCGUCGGCAGCCUCGUCCUCAUCAUCGUCAUCAUCGUCGUCCGAGUCAUCCGAGUGGACCUUGUUGCCGUGGAUGGUCUGGUUGAAGAGGCUCAUGACUUCGGCAUUGGCCAGCUUGGUGUUGACGGUCGGGCUAGGUGGACGGGUAGUCUUCUUGGCCUUUGGUGUCGACGAGCCAGGCUUGUGCCAGCCCUUCUCCCAGUCCUUGAGCUCCUUCCAGUCACGGCUCAAAAGACCAAGCUUCCUAGCCCGGACUUCCUCAAAGCUCCACUCCUCGUUGCUGCGGAAGGUCGCAUCCCAGUCGAACAUGCGGCGCUCAGUCUUGCCGUUGGACAUCUUGGUUUCGGCGCCGCCCGUGGGGCACGUCCACGGCUGCAUAACGAAGGCAGCGGCAUCCCGCUUGGUCUUCUUGGCUGCGGGCUUGGGCGGUGGCGGGAGAGAAGGAACUGAGGGGACAGCUGAAGGAAGGCCAGUGGUGUCGUAGUUGCGAAGUGGGUCGGAGCGGAGGAGCUCGGCAUCCGACAGGGGCGCCUUGGCGCGGAUGCCACCCAAUACCUCCUGGCCACGAUGUACCUCGGCAUUGGCAGAUGCGCUGUCCUUGAAGACCUCUAAUUUUGGUGUUCGCGGGGCAACACGGCUCUUCUGAGGGAGGGUCUCGCCCUUCCACGGGGUUGCCUCGACGACGUUCUCCUUGCGGCGGCCGUCGCGCGUGCCAAAGUCUUCCCAGGGUGUAGGCUCGGGGUUCUCAGCAGCACCAGCAUCAUCAGAGAAGAUGGCGAUCUUAGAGCCGUUCGUCCCCCUGGAGAUUCUCGAGGACGAGCUGCCCGGGGUCGCACCGCUGAGCGAGCCUCCCCCAAGUCCGCCUCGGCCCACCUGACCCAGGACAGCACGUGCGGGAGUUGGUGCGGCGGGCAGUGGGUCGUCAUCCGGGAUAUCCCCUGAUGGAGGAGCCAUAAUGCGAGUGAGGAAUGCCUGGUGACGAUUCUUCAGGCGCUCAACAGGGGCGGCCUUGCGAGCCAGGCCGAGGCGAUAAACGUCGUCGGCCUUCUUCUUUCUGUACGGGCCUUCAGCAGCCAUAGCCCAC